AUGUCCCAGCGAGCCGAGUCCUCCCAGCGUGGUGGCGUUGUGGUCGAGUUUGAGCCUGAUGACAUCAGGAAUGCGAGAGCCAAGAAAGCCAGGAGCAUACCGGGUUCAGCACUUAUCUACCUCAAGGGUCCCAAGUUCCUCAUCUAUGUCAGUGGAGCGUUGUCAAUGUGGGGCGACCGAAUGUGGCAUUUUGCCAUCUCUGUGUUCCUGGUCGAGCUGUACGGACGUAACUUGCUGUUGACUGCGGUGUUCGGGCUGGUGGUGGCUGGCUCGGUGCUUCUGCUCGGAGCUUUGAUCGGAGACUGGGUUGACCGCAAUCCCAGGAAUAAAGUUGCACAUGCGUCUCUUUUCAUCCAGAACAUCUCAGUGACAAUUUGCAGCAUUGUGCUUAUGCUGGUCUUCUCAUAUAAGCAAAGGAUUGAGCAGAUCUGGGAUGGCUGGCUGACUGUGGUUUGUUAUACGGUGGUGAUCGUCCUGGCAGAUGUGGCAAACCUUGCAAGCACUGCGCUGACCAUUGCCAUCCAGCGGGACUGGAUCAUAGUCAUCACCGGCUACAACCGCGGCCACCUAGCCGGAAUGAAUGCCACCAUGAGGCGGAUAGAUCAGGUGACGAACAUCCUGGCCCCGCUCGCGGUGGGACAGGUUAUGACCCUGGCCUCCAACGUAGUUGGGUGUGGCUUCAUCCUGGGAUGGAACCUCGUGUCUCUCAUUGUGGAGUUCUUCUUCUUGUCGCGGGUGUACCGCAUCGUCCCCGCUCUUUCCGUCAAACCGCCAACGGCGGUGGACCAGGCCACUCUGCAAGGGUUGGACAGGAGAAGAUCACAAGUCGUUCAGCCUCUGGCAGAAGACAACAGCGACGCCAGCCUUCACCUAAACGAAAUCACCUAUCUCCCGCUGUGCUUCCGGAGCUUUCGCUGGCUGGUGAGCACCUGCAAGGAUGGAUGGAGAUCUUACUAUCAGCAGCCAGUGUUCCUGGCCGGAAUGGGCCUAGCGUUCCUCUACACCACCGUACUGGGCUUUGAUUGCAUCACCACUGGCUACGCCUACACUCAGGGCAUAAGCGGCUCCCUCCUCAGUUUGCUGAUGGGAGUAUCGGCCAUCACGGGACUGAUGGGCACCGUCAUGUUCACGAGACUGAGGAAGAUGUACGGUCUGAUCAACACCGGCAUCAUCUCCAGCUGCCUCCACCUGGGCUGCUUGCUACUGUGCGUGUGCUCCGUUUUUGCCCCCGGAAGCCCCAUGGAUCUUAGCUUGCUCAUUCCUUACUUUACCUCGAACUCCUCCUCUGAGCUUGGAGGGAUGGCGAGCCAAAGACAAAAGCACACGUCUCCUCUGAGAGGAGGCAGCAAUCAACCACUUCUACCCGACCGCUCCUCCAUCCACUGGACCAACAACACUGUGCUUUUUGACAACGUGCCCUCCGGUAGCGCACCGGAAUCUUACAUCUCCAUUAUCCUUUUGUUCAUGGGCGUCAUCACGGCACGCAUCGGUUUGUGGUCCUUUGACCUGACCGUCACCCAGCUGUUGCAGGAGAACAUCUGUGAGUCUGAGCGAGGUGUUGUAAAUGGGGUGCAGAGCUCUAUGAAUUACCUGAUGGACCUGCUCCACUUCAUAAUGGUCAUCUCUGCUCCACAGCCACAGCAUUUUGGCAUCCUAGUUCUCAUUUCUGUGCUCUUCAUCGCCACUGGACACACUAUGUACUUCCUGUAUGCGCACAAAGCCAAGAGAAAACGUCACCUGAACACCUAA